CGCUUGCCACAGCACUUCCGCUUCUGCUUCGUUGGGGUGAGGUAGCGCGGAGCGGGGGGCACGGCCGGGACCGCCGUGAGGGGAGAGAGGGAGGCACGGCCGGGACCCUGCUGAGCGCCCCCCGCCAUGGCCCUGCCCGAGUGGCACAUCGCCGUGAAGCUGGCCGAGCAGCCGCUGGCCCCCAAAGCCAUCCUGCGCUUGCCGGAGACCGAGCUGGGCGAGUGCCCGCUGGGCGGCUGCAGCAUCUCGCACCUCAAGCAGCUGAUCACGGGCAAGCUGCAGGAAUCCAUGCCGGACCCCGAGCUCAUCGACCUGAUCUACUGUGGCCGGAAGCUGAGGGAUGACCAGACCCUGGAUUUUUAUGGAAUCCAGUCUGGCUCCACUGUCCAUGUCCUGCGCAAGUCCUGGCCUGAGCCUGACCAGAAACCAGAGCCCGUGGAUAAGGUGGCAGCAGUCCGGGAAUUCCGUGUGCUGCACACUGCCCUGCACAGCAGCCCUGCCUACAGAGAUGCUGUCUUCAAGAUGCUGGGAAACAAGGAAUCCCUGGAUCAGAUCAUUGUGGCUACUCCCGGCCUCAGCAGCGACCCCGUGGCUCUGGGAGUUCUGCAGGACAAGGAUCUGUUCUCUGUGUUUGCAGACCCCAACAUGCUGGACACGCUGAUCCCGGCUCACCCUGCCCUGGUGAACGCCAUCGUGCUGGUGCUGCACUCGGUGGCGGGCAGCACGCCCCUGCCAGCCGCGGACACGUCCUCGCGGGCCAUGGCCUUGGGCUCCUACCGGGACAUGCCAGGUGGCUUUCUCUUUGAGGGGCUCUCUGAUGAUGAAGAUGACUUCCACCAGAGCACGAGGUCCACCCCUUCCAGCAGCACGUCCGGCUCGCGCCCGGCCUCGCUGGGCUACGCGGGGGCGGCGGGGCCGCGGCCCAUCACCCAGAGCGAGCUGGCCACAGCCCUGGCCCUGGCCAGCACCCCCGAGAGCAGCUCCCACACGCCCACCCCGGGCACACAGGGUCACUCCUCGGGGACGUCCCCGAUGUCAUCCAGUGUGCAGUCGGGGACACCCAUCACCAACGACCUGUUCAGCCAGGCCCUCCAGCACGCCCUGCAGGCCUCGGGGCAGCCCAGCCUCCAGAGCCAGUGGCAGCCCCAGCUGCAGCAGCUGCGAGACAUGGGCAUCCACGACGACGAGCUGAGCCUGCGGGCCCUGCAGGCCACAGGAGGGGACAUCCAGGCUGCCCUGGAGCUCAUCUUUGCUGGGGGGGCUCCCUAAACCCUCUGCUGGACUGGUGAGUUGUGCUGAGGCAGCAGCUGGGCUGGCUCUGCUCUCCUGUGGGGAGCACUGAGGGCAGCUCCAAAUCCUCUCUCCGACCUCCUCAGGACUCCAGCACCAAGCCACCUCUUCCCUUCUCCGUGCUGAGACGUGGCCCCUCCAGUUGUACCAUGUUUUAUCUGUCCCCACCCUCUGCCUGUUGUUUCAUUCCCUGGAUUAAAGGGGCCCUGCUCAGUUCCCUG